AAUAUACUUUUUCAUGAGGUAUGCAAUGGUAGCGUAUCAGUCGCGAGCAUCAGCUGAUGAUUGAACACUGAACAGUUUGAACUGGCUUUUCUUUCUUGGUAAUCGGUAUCUUGCUUUCUACUACCUGCACAUCAACUGAAAUAAGACAUAACACCCACUGAUUGUAUACUUCUCUUUGGUAUAUAUUUUUUUCCGACGUCAUUUAUUUGACAGGACGCGCUCCGGGAAGGAUGGCUGCCAUCAAUGCGCUUCAACAGUGGUGCAAACUUCAGUGCAAUGGGUACCGAGAUGUGGCUAUCAUCAACAUGACAACUUCUUUUAGGGACGGGUUGGCGUUCUGUGCGCUUAUCCAUAAAUACAGACCGGACCUAAUAGACUACGACUCCUUGAAUAAAGAGGAUAUUUUUGACAACAACAACUUGGCUUUCCGGGUUGCAGAGGACAAGCUGGGGAUCGCUGCUCUGCUGGAUGCAGAGGACAUGGUGGCCCUGAGGAUCCCAGACCGACUGAGCGUCCUCACCUACGUCUCCCAGUACUACAACUACUUCCACGGACGCAAACCUAUUGGAGGGGUGGGUGCUAUGAAAAGACCAGCAGAGGGCUCCAAGGAGGAACCAUGUGGAAAGAAGAAUUUCCCAGUGGUGGCCAAAACCAUGGUGUAUAAAAUGGCCAUAGAGAAUCGUCCACCUCCUUCCCUCUCAUGGUGCAGUGAAUGCUCCAACGUCCUCCUGGCUGGGGCCUAUAAACCAGGGAAGGAGCCAGGUUGCUUCAUCUGUAAUGACCACCAGAACACCAAGAAUGACUACAACAAGCCUCCCUAUGGGGUUGUCAUCCAGACCGGAUGCCCAAGUGCCAACGUUGAAUCCAAAAGUGGCACCAGCAGAGUCCAGUCUGUGUCCCGCCCCACCUCUGUGCCUUUGACUCCCAUCAAGGGUGUCUUGAAGCCCGUGGAGACCACCACCCCAGCUCCCCAACCCUGGACCAGCUCGGCCCAGAGAACCCAGGCAGCACGGCAGAGGUUCUUCAAGUCAUCUUCCUCCACCCCAGAGGUCCCCUCCAGCAGCCAGAAGCCCUCCGUACUGCCAAGUGUGCCCCUGAGUCCUGAGGAAGAGAAGAACCGAGCCAGGGCCGUCAUUACCAAGAAACUAGUUGAGGCGAACUGCAACAAAAAUAACACCAGAUACUUUGUUAUCCGACCAGCAGAAAGGAGGUUUGAAGAUAUGGUAAGCUCAGAUGACCUCCCCAGCUGGAAGCAGGCUGAAUGUGGGCCAGGCAAAGCAGGACAACUCUUCACCAGCAAUAAGGAAUUGCUUAACACUGUCAACAAAGCCAGCGCCAGACCAACAACCGUAUCCUCCACCAUCAAAGCUAGUAUUGUCGUCAACAUCCGCUCUACCUCUCCUCCGAUUCCCCCACCUGCCUUCAACCCUCCUCCACCUGGCCCGGUGUCUCACAGAGCUCCGUCUCCCAAGCAGCCCCAUUGCGGCUCUGGAGACUUGGGUAGUAAAAAUGGGAAUUAUUCUAUUCCUCUGUUGUCCACUCCUCCCCUGGUUCCUGUCUGGCACAGGGUUCCCACUCCAAAUAAGCCUCACCACAGCUUUGCAGGAUCGGGCUCAACGGAUGGUAAUUCUCCCCCUAUAUCUCCUAAACAGCUUCGCCAGAGCUCCACAGGCACCAAAAACGGAAAAUAUUUUUCACCCACAAACACCUCCCAGUCUGAAAUGAGGUCGCCCUCUUCCCAUCAUAUCCCCAUGGACCAGAUAGUGAAGGAGCUGCGUGAUAUUGAAGACAUCCUGGGUGACUUGGAGAGGAAGGGAGUGGAGAUGGAGAAGAGGCUUCGCAGCUGUGAGGAAGAGGGCAAGGGGGACAUUUUGAUGGACCCUCUGAUGGUUUACUGGUUCAACCUGAUCCAAAAGAAGCAGACGUACAUUAGGAGGGAGUCGGAGCUUGUGUACAUAGCUAAGACUCAAGACCUGGAGGAGCAGCAGCCUGGGGUGGAGGGUGAGCUGCGCAGACUGUUGGAGAAACCAUAUCAUCUGAAGUGGAUAGAGGAGCUUCGGCGAGAGAGCAGUCUGAUGGAGAGGCUGAUGGAGAUUGUGAACGGUAGAAACGCCAUUGUAGAAGGACUGGAUGAAGACUGGCUCAGGGAAGAUGAAGAAGAUCAGCAGUUGAAUGAAAUGAUGCAGACUCUUGGACUUAAAAAAUCCAAAAUCAAGAGGAAGUCCUUCAAAAUGCUGUUCAGACGACAAAUUAGUAAAAAGGUCGCCGUGUUUUGAUUGUUCUACCCUGCUCUGGGGGGUGUAUGCGUUUCCCAAUGUGUCUAGAUUGUAUUUAAAUAGGGUUUAUAUUUUCAAGUACGUGUGUACACCAACUUGUGUUCAUGCUGGUAUUGGAGUUGCGCUAAUAAGUAACAAGAUUGUCUGUUGCUCAUCCUGAAAGAUCUGAAGGUCAAAGACCAACUUUUUUUCAGGAACUUAUCAGAUCAAGUUGGGGUUUCGUCGCAAAGGUUUAUUUAGAAAUGCUUUUUGUUUGAGAAGACUCCAGGCUUUCACUCUUCAUUUAGUGUUCAGUUGUUCUUGAGAUGGGUCUCAUGACACUUGACGGAUCAUAAUGUGCUGUUUUUGUCCCUUGUAAGGUGUGGUGUAUAUCUAAGAUCACAAUUUAUCUCAUGGUUUGCUUAACUUUAACUUUCCCCCCCCCACACAUCUAGUUUGGGAUUGUUGUGAAGAGGUGUUCAAGUGUCACUGUUAGAAUGAGUCAAAUGCAAAAUGAUGUAACUGGUGUUGUUGCACCGGAUAAUGGUGAAGGAGAAUCCAUAUCACUGUGAUUUAAGAAGUUAGUAUCAAAAGAAGAGUGUCUUUAGCUCCAGUAUGUCUAUUUUAAUACAAAUGUAUUUUAUGCUUCCAAAAAGUAUGUUAUUACAAACCGUAACAUUUUGAGUGGAAUCUGUGUAGACCAGUGAAGUGGUGAGCAGCGUGUUCUACACUGCCACAUUUUAAAGGCUGUAUUUCUCCUGUCGUGCUGUAGGUGGCACCAUGGUUUUACCUUAUAGGAACCAGGCAGGAACCUGAAUCCAAUUCACCACAGUACAGACAGUUAAUUUCUUUGCUAAUUUUAUAAAUGCUGCAAAAAGUUCCAACUCUGCUGAUGCAAUAACAUUGUGAAAGCUUACGUAGAGCAGUAGCUUAUGCACAGGAAAAGGCUUAUAGACUAGUGGUUGUAUUGAGCUUUUAAUCUUAAACCUGGUUUAAUUAAACAUACAUUAGUAUAGAAUGAUCUACUGAAGCAUUGUUUUAAGUAAACAUUGUUGGCAUUUGGCGUCAUCUGUGAAACUGCUGUUUGUGAGGUAUGCACAGGUCCCAGUGUCUCGUGACUUUAAAAAAUUGGAAGGAAUGUGAAAUGAAUCUGUACAUGUGUAUUUAUAUUUUUAAUUGAAAUGAGUUUGCUGUCCAAUAAAUAAUUUUAACAUCC